UCGAUUACCACCAGAAGCGCAAGCUUUAGCAGCAGAAGUUAGCCAAGAGUUCACUCUUGGAUCAGUUGUAAGGUUUAAUGUGUAACUCUACACCUCCGUGACAGAAGAACCUUAAUAAUUUACAUGACUCGUAAGUGUUUCAUAUAUUUUACCUCCUUCUGUAGGGUAGACAGAAACACCAUUGAGCUCUAGUGAGUGUGACAACAAUACGUCAGCUCAUAGAAACGAAGAUGAUACCGUGCUUCAGUGUACACAGGAACCUGGCAUGUUUGCAGCGUGCUCUGGGUGGAGUUAUGUGGAAGAGCAGCUUUGGACCAGCCCCGCUAUUGACAGCCGCUCCUGCUCGUGCCCUCAUAGAUGACCAGAUCAGCAUUAAAGGGCACUUCCUGCAACCACAGUGUCCCGUCACAGUGUGUGCACAAAUGCACAGUGAUGAUGGAGACCUGUGGGAGGCAUUCGCCCAUUACAAUACAAAUGCAGAUGGGAAUGUCAACUUGACCAGGGAUCCUUCAGUCGGGGGUUCAUAUUUGGGCUGUGAGCCGAUGGGACUGUUCUGGGGACUGCAGCCGGCUCCUGGUGCAAGAGAAGGUUUGAGGCUGAGGAAAAAGAACGUAGAGACUCCAUACGUAAUGCUCUUGUCCUUACUGGAGGGCCACGUUUCACACAGUGAGAGACAGAGCAGCGAGCUGGCUGCAGUAACUGCUGAGCGCUGGUACAUGGCACCAGGCGUACGGAGAAUAGAGAUUCGCCAGGAUGGAGUUGUGGGGACGUUGUUUUUACCGCCCGGCCCAGGCCCAUUUCCAGCCAUGUUGGACAUGUGGGGAAUGGGUGGAGGACUGGUAGAGUACCGCUCUGCCCUUUUUGCAUCCAAGGGCUAUGCUAGCUUGGCCCUGGCCUACUUUGGGCACAGAGAUUUGCCUGGCCCACAAAACCGUAUCAAUGUUGGUGAUUCAUAUUUCACAUCAGCAUUCCACCUACUUCAAGAUCAUCCGCAGGUCUGUGCCAACAGAAUCGGGAUCAUAGGACUCUCCUUUGGAGUCUACCUGACUCUUCGAAUUGCCACUCAGUCUGAUGUCAAACCAUCCUGUUUGAUUUGUAUCAAUGGCCCAGCAGGAAAUACCAUCAAGCUCAUGGAUGAAGAACAAAUGGAAAAUGGCCAGAGAUAUUGGACUUAUGAUGAUCAAGGCUUCGUGAGUUUCAGAGACAUCUCAUUGCCUGCAAACAUUCCCCCUGAGAACAUAGUGAAGAUGGAGCAUCUCGCCUGUCCAUUAAUGUACAUAGUGGGUGAAGAUGACAUGAGCUCUUCAAGUAUGGAGAACGCAAACCUGAUCGAGGAGACCCUGAUGGCUGCAGGUAAAUCCCAGCUGUUCACUCGUUUGUCGUACCCCGGUGCCGGUCACCUGAUUGAACCGCCCUACAUGCCAAAUUCAAGAUCGUCCCUGUGGAGCGUCAAACCCAAAAAACUGGUCACUCUGUGGGGAGGUCACCUUGCACCCCACGCUGCUGCCCAAGAAGAUGCUUGGAAGAAGAUCCUGGAUUUUCUAGAGAUUAAUCUGAGACGGUGAAUUUGUGAUGAGAUAGAAAAUGCCUCGUCAUAAAUGUGACCAGUUCAUGGCAUGAUGAGGUAACCAUGGCGAUGAGGGCGAUGAACUCUUUGAAGUCAAUCUCCAGGUCUCCGUUUUGGUCGAGGUCCGCAAAGAGCUCAUCCAGAAUUUCAUUAUCCUGGAUUUUCUGCAAAAGUGAGAAAUUUUUUAAGGCAAUUAAAUUAAAAGAUUGAAAGUCCAUAAUAAGUAUAGUGACACCAUGAGGUCUAAAUGCUCAUUUUACACCAGAAGAAGAAAAAAAGCUGGAGAGGAUGUAACUUGUUUGGCCUGAAAGUGGUGAUAAAGUAAUGUUGUUUGAUAAUGUUCUGUACAUUUACCAUAUUUUAGAGGAAGCUAGUAGGAAUAGCUGCAUUGAAAAGUGUGACGUGUGUACGUGCAAUGUUAGCUUAAGGCUUAACCUAUAACAACACACCAUCAUUUAUUAUAUUUAUACUUUGUAUUAAUAAUCUGAAUCUGCAAAGCAUCUAAACUAUCAAACCAAUGUUUCGGAGUAAAAUGUACAGUAUUUGUAAAGUAAAUCAUUUAAAGUAGCAGAAAAUGGAAAUACUCAACUACAGUACAAAUAUCUCAAAAUGAUAUUAAGCACAGUACUUAAGUAGUAAAUGAACCAGUUAAAUUCCACCACUGGUCAACAUAUCCAAUUAUCUCAUUUUCAACAGCACACAAUUAAACUGUUUCACACACAUAAAGCAGUUUUGCUUCCUGAACUUACCAAUAUGAAAUGACUCAUCUCAUUGUUGAUGAGCUCUUUAAGCUCUGCUUUCUUCAGCUUGCACUUGUGACCCGAGUAUUUGUGGAAAACUUUGAUAAUGUUGACCAUGCCACUCUCCAGGUUUGACAUAUGUUUGUUUGAGGCCUGCAACAAACAAUUUAAAUCAAUUCCUAAUACACAAGAAUGUUUUACAACAAGGAUGAUGUGAUAGAGGGCAUUCUUUUUCUGUAUGUUUGUAUACAGAACAUACAUUGUAAUGUGAUGCAUCCACUUCACUAAAAGUAUUAUGUUAUCAUCAUCUAGGAAUAUUUCAAAUGAAUAAUAACAAUAUUAACAUUUGACUUUCUUACCUCCAUCUGAAGAAACUCCUUGUAGGGAUCCUAAGUGGGACUGAUGGCUUGUUCGGCAGUGUGUCGACUGCCUCGCCCCGUUUCCUCUGGACACUCAACUGUAUUGAUCAACCACACAAAGGCUUCUUAUCUGCCAUGCACUACGUAAUGCACCACUAACGGAUAUUAGUGGUCAGAGCCUUGAACAAAAAGCAUUUGCUCUUAAAAUGUAUAAUUUCACUGUGAUCAAGUUUCAACUCAAGUUUAUUUGUGUGUGUGUGUGUGUGUGUGUGUGUGUGUGUGUGCGUGUGCGUGUGUGUGUGUGUUUGGGACAGCUGAGCGCUUCUGGUUCCUCACUCAGAUAGUAACGCGUCAUGUUAAAUAUUAUCAUUGUCAGUCGUCUUGGUAGUGAAAUCGCAGAAGUAGAUGAAAAAGGAUUUUCAACCAAACAAUAUAAAAAAUAACUAUAUAAAGUAUUGGUAUGUUAUCAUUACUGUUGCUGUCACCAUGUUUGUACUGUACAGCACUUUGGUUGUUUUUAAAUGUGCUUUAUGAAUAAACUUGAUUUGAUUCGAUAGUUGUCAACAA